AUGCAAGAUGGUUAUGUGGAUAUUGGGAGUGUCAGAAAUGAUGAAUCCUUCAUUACGGUGGAGAAGCCUGGUGAAGAUCGAAAACUUUUUGAUCAUAGAUCUCUACAAUUAAACGAAGAUGACUACCGACGUGUUUGUAGGGUUGCGAAACGUAAAGGCGCCAAAUUUAGAGAUUUACCAGGGGUUAUGGUUAACCUAGAUAAUGCAGCUCAAUGGGAUCCCAAAGUUGAAAGGGUUCUCUUGCCUUCCGGGAAACCAUUGGUUCCUGACUACGCCAUGAGCUUUAUCAAUGGAAAAUCCUUAAAGCCUUUUGGACGUCUUUGGUGGGAUGAAACAGUUGCCACAGUGGUAACAAGGCUUGAGCCUCAUAAUCAGAUUAUUAUUCAUCCAGAACAAGAUCGUGUACUCUUCAUUCGAGAAAAUGCAAGAUUGCAAGGUAUUCCUGAUGAUUACAGGUUGUUUGGACCUGUCAAAGAGAGGUAUAUUCAAGUUGGUAUUGCUGUAGCUGUCCCCGUCUCGAGGGCUCUCAGAUAUGCAUUGGGGUUGGCAUACCUUCGGAAGGCUAAUGAAGAGCCUGCCGUUGUUCUGCCCUAAUUCCCUUGCAAAUCUAACUUUUGCCUUUAUCUGUGAAACGCGUUUUUGCUUUGCUUGUGGGGGCCACAAGAACACGUGAACAGCUGUGGCUGUGUUCACGUUUGGAGGGACUUCGGGCGCUGAAGUGGCCCAGGUAAGGCCCACGUGCAUGCAAUGUUAUAAAACCCUUCAGCUAGGGUUUUAGCAGGGCGUGCGAGGAGAUUUGGCUGCGGGAGCAGAGCAAAGAUUUGUUUCGUUCGGCUUGGGAAUUCUUUUGCGGCUGCAGGUGAAAAAAAAAACACAGAGGAGAAGCAGCGGCUGUGCAAGGCUUUUGUGCAUCCUUUUGUAGAGAGAUUGUGUGAGAGGUUUGAGAGUUUGUGUGAGGGUUUAGAUUGAGUGAUUGUAAACCCUAAUUGUAUUUUCUCCCUCUAGUAAUAGA